CUUCUCAUACACAGAAAAAAGACUCUCAGCCCUGUCAAAUGGUCCUUUUGCUUUUGUGUUCAGGUCACUCUUGGAGGAUCUCAUCUGCGAGGGCUGUGGGAGAGACGUCUGCAGGCAGAGAAUACCUUUUUAGGACACACUGGUUGGGACAAGACUUACAAAGUUUUACUCAGAGGAACAAGAACACCACUAAGGGAGAGGAAUGGAGCGUCUGGCCUCCUUCAGUAAUGACCCUUUUGAUAAGCCCCCGUGCCGAGGUUGCUCUUCGUACCUCACAGAGCCCUACGUGAAGUGUGCAGAGUGUGGGCCUCCUCCCUUCCUCCUCUGUUUGCAGUGUUUCACACGAGGAUUUGAAUACAAGAAACAUCAAAGCGAUCAUACUUAUGAGAUAAUGACUUCGGAUUUCCCUGUCUUGGAUCCCAACUGGACGGCUCAAGAGGAAAUGGCUCUCCUAGAAGCCGUCAUGGACUGUGGAUUUGGAAACUGGCAGGAUGUAGCCAACCAGAUGUGCACAAAAUCCAAGGAGGAGUGUGAGAAACAUUAUAUGAAACACUUUAUCAACAAUCCCCUGUUUGCAUCCACGUUACUGAACCUGAAGCAGGCGGAGGAGGCGCAGCAGAAUGAAAUGGCCAUUCCUUUCCACCCUGCUGACGAUCCCCCACGGCCUACUUUCGAUUCCUUGCUCUCCAGGGACAUGGCUGGGUACAUGCCAGCCAGAGCCGACUUUGUUGAGGAGUUUGACAACUACGCUGAAUGGGAUUUGAGAGAUAUUGAUUUUGUAGAAGAUGAUUCAGACAUUUUGCAUGCUCUGAAGAUUGCAGUUGUAGAUAUUUAUCAUUCCAGGUUAAAGGAAAGGCAGAGAAGAAAAAAAAUCAUACGAGAUCACGGCCUAAUCAACCUCAGAAAAUUUCAGAUUUUGGAAAGGCGAUAUCCAAAGGAAGUUCAAGACCUUUAUGAAACAAUGAGACGAUUUGCACGAAUUCUUGGACCAGUAGAGCAUGAUAAGUUCAUUGAAAGCCACGCGUUGGAAUUUGAGCUGCGAAGGGAAAUCAAGCGACUCCAGGAAUACAGAGCAGCAGGAAUCACCAAUUUCUGUAGUGCCAGAACCUACGAUAACCUGAAGAAGACGAGAGACGAGGAACGCCUGAAGCGCACCAUGCUCUCCGAAGUCCUGCAGUACAUCCAGGACAGCAGUGCCUGCCAGCAAUGGCUCAGUCGACAAGCUGAUAUUGAUUCUGGCCUGAGUCCCACGGUACCGGUUCCUUCAAAUUCAGGCCGCCGCAGCGCCCCACCGCUGAACCUCACCGGUCUCCCGGGCACAGAGAAACUCAACGAGAAGGAGAAAGAGCUCUGUCAGAUGGUGCGGUUGGUCCCCGGAGCCUAUUUAGAAUAUAAAGCUGCCUUAGUGAACGAGUGUAACAAACAGGGAGGGCUGAGGCUGGCGCAGGCCCGGGCCCUCAUCAAGAUCGAUGUGAACAAAACCAGGAAAAUCUACGAUUUCCUCAUCAGAGAAGGGUACAUCACCAAAGCCUGAGGACGGGCAUCGGCGCUUCGGCCGGAGCGGGGAGAUGUGGAGAAGCUUUGAAGUCACUUUGACAGCACCGAAAUAUUUUAACAGCGUUGAAUGAAGGACAUUUCUUUUUGUUUAACAUCUUACGGGGCUUUUUUUUUUUUUUUUUGGUAAAAACAAGUAGGGAGCUAUGUUAAAUUGUAUGAAUACUGACAUUUCUUUGUCUGGGUUCCUUUUGAUUCUGCUGUUUAACACUGUUGUUGUCAGAAUUAUGCUGGAAAAGAGUCAUACGCCAUAUAAGCUAAUCUUAAAUGUGAAUGGGCAUUCAUUUCCAACACCUCUCGUAACUAAAAAGAGAAUCACGGUACUUUUAUGCUGACAGUGACCCAGAAUAAGGGCAGAAGAGCAGCAGGUAAUGAGAGUCACACUUUGACUUUGUGGUAUAGAAACACUGUCCCCUCCCUUCUUGUACUCCUUCCUAAAACAGCGAUGGCUUUCAAAGGAGGUAGCACAUGCCCGAGGGUGUAAAAAUAGAGCUCGCAGCGAUCCAGUCGUUUUAACUUAAUUGUGAUAAAGGAUGGGAAAGGACGUAGCAGGGAAGCUCCUCAACAGUUGUUACUUUUAUGUGGUAUUAGCACAUAUCACAGCGUGAGCACCCUGUACAGACCAAUAAGCUUCAUCUGCUCCCGACUGGAUUUGGGAUUGUCAAGUUAUAUAUAGCCCCUUGGUUUCAGCCUGCGAUGCUCGGGCUGGUUGGAAAGGCUGGAUGUUACACCCAGAGCAGCCUCUCGGAUCAUAAAUGAAGAGACGCUCCGUAUCCCAGCGUUCUCCUCGGAAAAGAUAAGAAGGGAAGAGAGCAACAAACUGCCCAGAGCCCUCCUCAGCCCUGCCUGCCCUCCCUCAGGUUACCCCAUGAAUGGCGGCGUGACCAACAGAGCAACGACGAGGUGCAACAAGUUCCUACACACACACACACACCACCCCAUCACGUCGGAUGAUCCAUCGUACGACUUCAAUACAAAGCAUUUGUGUUUCAAAAUACAGUUGGAUGAUGAAGACGGUUCUUUUCAGAUGCAGCUUGGGAUGAUUCACUAAACUCUUUAUCAAAACAGCUUCCACUGCUGCGUACAGCUGAAGUAACACCCCAUCAGUAACCAACAGCCCAAGCAGGCGGGAUAUUGGGUCAUCUCAAGUUUGGGAUCUGGUGGAAAAGCCUGAGCUAGAGCUAGACUGAUACCUGUUUAAGGUGUUUAGGUUUGGGGCUGGGUUUUUUCCCCCCACGAGUAGGUAUCCUGCCUACCCGAAUUGAAUGUGAAGUGUUUUGGUUUGUAAUAAAAAUCAAAAUGUCUUGAAACAA